AUGUUUUCACAAGAUGGCUCUUCUCCAUUAUAUAAAACUGGAUUCUUAGGCGUACAGCAGGCACUGAGCCAAGCCCAUAUUAAGCACAAGUGUAAGCAAAGGAAAAAGUGUCAGGAUGGCAUAACGUUUCCAAAAAUUAGGGACCUUCCGUCGCCACCCAUUUUUAAGUCAACAGGCUUGGAUGGCCUUGGAAUUAUCUUGAUUCUAAUCAUAGUUUUCUUCGUGGUUAUAAGUUUGUCAAAGUCAAUCGUCGAGGAAAAGGAGCUCCAGCUAAAGGAGAUACAAAACUUAUUAGGCGUUGGCUCAGGUUUGCAGUGGCUGGCUUGGUACGUCCAGAACUUCAUAGUGCUCCUCAUUGGAUCGACGAUAAUAACGUUGUGUUGGAAAAUCAAAUUGCCAACAGCUGAUUUGUCCUUUUUGCCUUUCACUCACUGGUCGAUCUUUCUUUUUGCUUUGCUCAUAUUCUGCCACUCUAUGAUCUGCUUAAGCUUCCUGAUGAGCAGCCUGAUCUCCUCGACUCAUCGCAUUACCCUCAUCGUUAUCCUUAUUUUAUUUGCAACUAAGAUUCCCUUCUGGAUCUUUUGUAUCGAUAGCUGUUCAGAGGGUCUGGGCGUUACCAUCAGUAUAUUUAUAUUGUCCGCUUUGGAGUUGUUGUCCAAAGGCCUCUCCUCUUGGGAGGACUAUGGUGUGGGCCUACAAUGGGACAACCUCUUUCUGACCUCAUGGCCAGGCGACACGAUCAGCGUUGGUUAUAUUCUGCUGGUUAUGCUUCUGACCAGCUUACUGUCCCUGGUUUUCUGUCUGUAUAUGGAGCAAAUCCGACCAGGUAUUUACGGGGUAUCUCGUCCCUGGAACUUUCCCUGCACAUGCUGUUCCCUCAAUGUAAGCUUCCGGCCCUAUAAGCGACUCUUUUGUAGGGCUUUCGGCAUAUAUAGGGCGCAACCCGAUGAGGAACGUGCGGAUUUUCAAAGAAUGGAGCCUGAUCCUGAGAGUAAAACCGUUGGUGUUCAGAUAAAAGGUCUUAGCAAGAUCUUUGGCAAGAUGGAGGUCGUAAAACAUAUGAGUUUCAGCAUGUUCGAGGGCCAGAUCACAGUUCUAAUGGGCCACAAUGGAGCGGGCAAGACGACACUGAUCAGCAUGCUGGCUGGGUUUAUAUCGCCCACUUCCGGAACCGCUCUGGUAAAUGGCUAUGACAUCCGGAAGCAACGACGGCAAGCGCAGAGCUGUAUUGGUCUGUGCCCGCAACAGAAUGUGCUUUUUCGUCACCUGAGCUCGGCCAGCCAUAUCCAGUUCUUCAGCCGGCUUCGUGGGCUCAGAGGCGCGGAAGUGAAAGCAGAGGUGGACAAGUAUCUGGAGAAGCUUGAUCUGCAGAAAAAGAAGAAGUCGCCAGCCCACAAUCUGUCCGGCGGAAUGCAGCGAAAACUGAGCUUUGUUUGUUCGGUUUGUGGUGGAGUAAAGGUGCUCAUCUGUGACGAGCCCAGUACCGGACUGGAUCCUAGUGCUCGAAGGGAGAUCUGGAAGCUAAUACUGGAAGCAAAGGAAGGCUGCACCAUUCUUCUGACCACACACCAAUUGGACGACGGGGAGGUGUUGGGCGAUCGCAUGGUCAUCAUCAGCGAUGGACAACUGCGAUGUGUUGGAUCUUUGCCGUUUCUUAAAAAACUUGUGGAUGCCAACUGCCUGCUAACCUGCGAAACUCGAAAGCGUUGUGACGUUGAAAGACUGACUUCUUUGAUAUCCCGGCAUGUGGGCGAUAUCAGCCCGUUCAGCAUAAAGGGCAAAGAUGUUUGCUACAAGCUUCCGCUCAACCAGUCAAAGUCGUUUUCUCCCCUGUUCCGAGACCUAGAAAACAAAAGGAUAGAGCUGGGUAUUCGGGGAUUCGGCUUAAGCUCUGUAAGUCUAGAAGAGAUUUUUAUGAGCUUUGGAGCGGAGGACCUUGGAUCUCGGAUGACCGGAGGCGCUGAGAAACAGGAUGAUGGCGGGGACGAUGACGACGAUGAUGAGGAUGAGGAUCAAUUUGAAAGUAAUCGCUACUGCGUUAACCAGUGGUGGGCAGUGAUGACCAAAAAGAUUCUGUCCCUCUAUGCCAACAAGGCUUACUUUCUGCUGCUUCUGUCGCUUCCAAUUAUUUAUUACCUAACCACGCUGACACGGCAUGAUGAUCCAAAGAAUUUGGGUAGAAUGACCUUGAAUGUUGGCCUAUAUUUGGGCGACGGAGCCACGCUGUUGCUGUCACAAAAUAAAAGCAAAUCUAAAGCGGGAUUACUUCCUUCGGACUAUGUACCAGGGUUGAUCGAAGAUGGCAUCCAACUUAAAUUAAUAUCGGAAAAAGUGGAGGAUUACGUGAGAGACGCCCUCAUGACAAAAGAGGGAAAGCGUGAGAUAAGCUUCAUGCCGAUGGCAGUUAGCAUUGAAGAUCCCCUUAUCGGUUGGGUUGGCCCCAGGCACUAUAUUCAUGCGGCGCCUAUGACCAUUAAUCUUGUCUACAAUAUCUUGGCCUAUGAACUCUUUGGACCUAAAAUCGCAAUAGAGGUAACAAGCUCUCCAUUUAAGAAAAGCACUGACGAUUUUUCAGAUAUUUCAUUGACACCAACAUGCGUCUUAUGUUAUGUGUGUAUUGUAAUGAUCAUGUUCUCGAACUCGGUUAUCCAAGAGAAUGUAUCGCAUAUGAAGAUGCAGCAGGAGGUGGCCGGGCUGGGCAUGAUCACAUAUUGGCUAAGUCACCUUUUAUUCGAUUUGCUGGUUUAUUUCAUUUUGGUGUUGGCCCUAAUGCUUCCCCUUUACACGCUGGCGCCCUGGGAUUACUUACUGCUCGUGCUCUUCUUCACAGGACUGGCGGGCCUGAUAUUCACCUAUUUCCUGAUAUUGGCGUUUUCUGCCUCUUUAUUAGCAGUAUCAUUAAUCCUACUUUCGGCUCUCGUAGCUGUUGUGAUUGUGUAUAUUGUUGAAGCAUUGGCCGUAAUGUACAACAUUUUAGAAAUAGUGAUAUAUGUUUUCCACAUACACCCAAUGAUUGCUUGUUAUUUUUGCAUAGAAAAAUGCGUGCGAUUUAGUCGUCUUUGCAGAUCCACCAAUUCAGAAACAUUAGUACCGGAAAUAGCCGCCCAGUUAGAUAUAAGUUGCAUAAAGCCAUCUGCUCUCAUCAUUCCAGGAUGUGUGUGCGAAAAUCCGAUGACCUGGCCUGAGAUGAUUGUCAUGCUUUGUGGGGCGUUCAUUUUCUGUAUUUUUAUUUUGUUUAUUGAGUAUGGAAGCUGUAUAUGGUACGGAUGCAAAGGGUGUUGCUUCCGGGGCUCACGAAAUUCUAGUCGGGAUGUUAAAAUUGCUAGGGAGGCAGAGAAAAUAAAAAAUAUGAAUAAAGAUCAGAUUGGGAGCCGAGCACUGGUCGUAGAUCAGGUUUCAAAAAAAUAUGCCUGCGGGCCCCUAGCCGUUGACAAUAUUUCCUUCGCUCUUAAAUCACGAACGUGCUUGGGCUUACUUGGGCCCAAUGGAGCCGGAAAGACAAGCACGUUCAAAAUGAUUGUCGGCGAGCAUUCAAUGGAUAGAGGAAAUAUCUAUAUCACAGGCUUUAGUAUGAAAAAAAAACGGAACAAGGCAUUAAGGGAAAUCGGAUACUGUCCUCAAAAUGACUCGUUCUUCGAAUUUUUCACUGGUCGCCAGAUGCUCAAUUUUUUCCUUCUGAUUCGGGGCACUGAACGCAAGGAGUUAAAAGAACGAUCUGAACAGCUUGCUGAUCAAUUCGGUUUCAGGAAGCACUUGGAUAAACGGAUUAUGUACUACAGUGGAGGAACCAAACGGAAAAUCGACGCUGCUGUUGCCUGCAGGGCCAAAUCCCUAAUAUGUCUAGACGAGCCGAGUGCCGGAGUGGAUCCUGCUUCGCGCCGCCAUGUUUGGACGAUUAUCGACAAGGUGGUUAAUAAGGGCAAAGCUGUGUUGCUCACCUCACAUAAUAUGGACGAAAUAAAUGCCCUUUGCUCGAAAAGCGUGAUCCUGGUGGACGGCAAAAUCUACACUAUGGGAUCGAACCAGCACAUCAAAAACACAAUUGCCAAAGGUAUGGUGGUGAAGUUGAUUGUAAAUGAGCAAGUAGAAGAAAUGCCAAAAGUGCUUUUAAAAAUUGAAGUCGAACUAAAGAAGACGUGCCCCAACGCCAUUCUAAAAGAAAAGUACGAGUUUAGUGGCAGACUAACAUUUCUAAUUUCCGAAGAAGAAAGUAGUUGGUCGCAGAUUUUUAAUUUUAUCGAAGGCAAUCGCAUUUCCUGGAAUCUGAACGACUACUCCAUAUCACAGCCAUCUUUGGAGGAUGUAUUCGAGGAGAUUGCCAAGGAUAGAACACGAAAGAAGACUGGCUACUAAUAAAUUAGUUCAAAUAUUGGCUUUGCACAUUGGAUUUCCUCUGUAAUAACAAGAAUAAUUUAUGUGGACUGAAAACUGAAUCCUGAUAAGUGAUUUUCCUAAUCUGGCAACUUAUUUUAUUAUAAAAAGUGUUGGGUUCCCUUUGGUCUUUUCGAAAUUUGUAAUGUUUGAUGAUGUUAUUUCUUUUUUUAUCAUUGGCGAUGACUUAACUGUGACAUGUAAAACCCAAAAGCAUGUAAAUAUUUGUAAUAUUAAUAAUACAAGCCCUUCAAAGUAUAUUUUUUAUCAAUAUCAAUAUCGCGGCGGUUUAUUCAAGUGCGUCCGUCUAUCCGUAUGAACGGAGAUAUCUCUUGAUCUAUAAGCGAUAGAAAGUUGGGUCUUUGCAUGUAGCUUCUAGAGAUACAUUCGCAGCUUAAAGCUAAGCUUAAAGUUUUAUACCAACAUUUCCAAAUCGGUGAAUUCUCAUAAUUUAUUAUAUAAUAAUUUAGGUUAUAAGGCUUUACUUGGGCAGUCGGAUAAUUUACUUCAGUUAUAUGGAAGAUGGAUUGUAGACUGCGUCAAUCUCUUCUAGCUUAAUUAUUUGGAAAUUUCUCGAGUAUUAUAUUCUCGGUAUUUUUAUAAAAAAACAAAGGUUUUAUAAAACUUUACC